AUGACUUUCGGCGACGAGAGUCCGACCGUCACUCCUCCACUACCAUGCCCCGGCUGGUACGCCACCCAGCAAGGCUACUGCUGCAGCGACGGCAUCAACUGCUCCGGCGGCACAUGCACCUGUCCUAAUGGAACCCUCGUAUACUCUCUCCCUCUCGCGCCUUGCGUGUCCGAAAACCCCCAAUGGACUGGCUGUCCCGGAAACAUGAUGCAUGGGCUGUGUUGCUCGGGACCUGGGAUAUUCAUGAGCGGGCCCUACAACGGUACAUGGAGCACAGCGGUAUGUGAUCAGGGAACUGCAGUGUUCAACGUCACGACGGCGAUGGAUGGGAAAGUGGGGACAACCACGCUACCGCCGGGGAUCAGCUAUACGGAGACGCGGUGUUUUACAUGCCCUUUGUAUACCCGGACAACGUCGUCGAAGGGGCUUGCGGCGAGGACAAUGGCGCCGGAAGAAAUUGUGGUGAAGGUCGUGGCUGUUGGAGCGCUGCUGGCGGCUCUCUAA